UGCCUGCGUGCAGCACAGCAGGAUGAGGCAGUGGUUUGCAAACAAGCACACCCAGAGUCCUGCUGCCUAUUUGACUGUUGCCACUCAACAUCGAGUUACACAUUCAAUGCAGUUUGCUAAACAAAUUCCUCUGUGUUAUUUCCAUCUCCCUGGGUUCUAUUUAAACUGAUUUCAAGGAAACUGUUGAGACUGCAUCCCCUGCCCCCAUUUGCUCUCCUGCAUUUUAAUGCUUUCAUGAAAUGUUUUCACCCCCAAAUAGGGAGAUUAUGAUCCCUGAGCUGCUGCUGUGCAUGAGCUUUGGUUGCGCAGCAGCCCUCAAGCCCAGCUGCCUCUCGGCUCAAUUUAGGAGGCCUGGUGACUACAUCAUUGGAGGCCUGUUCCCUUUUGGGAUGGACACCAUCAACCUGACAGCACGAUCAGAGCCUACCUUAAUUGUGUGUGAAAGGCUAUUUGUAGAUGGGCUGAUAUGGGCCCUUGGGAUGAAGUUUGCUAUUGAUGAGAUCAACAACUCCACGUCACUUCUCCCAGGAGUGGAGCUGGGCUAUGACAUCUACGACACCUGCUUUGAGCCACUGGCAGCCCUACAGCCCAGCUUGCUGUUCGUGACCCAAAAUGGCACAACAGACAUUGGCAUAGCAUGCAACUACACCGACUACCAGCCUCGUGUCACUGCUGUGAUUGGACCACAUAAGUCAGAUCUCUGCCUGCUGACAGCCAAACUAUUCAGCUUCUUCCUGAUUCCACAGGUCAGCUACGGGGCCAGCAGUGAGAAGCUCAGCAACAAGGAGCUGUACCCAUCCUUUUACCGGACCGUUCCCAGUGACAAGAACUUGGUGGAAGCUGUGGUCCUUCUGCUGAACGAGUUUGGAUGGAACUGGAUCGCCACCAUUGGAAGCGAUGAUGAAUACGGCCGAGGAGCCCAGGAGCUGUUCUUAAGCACAAUUGGAAAUGGUAGCAUCUGCAUUGCUUACGAGGGCCUAAUUCCUUCAGACCUCACAGACCCCAAGGCUGAGAAACAACUGGAAGAGACCAUUCAGAACAUUAACAAGACCAACGUCAACAUUAUUAUCCUUUUUGCCUUUCAACAGCCAGCUCAGGCCCUGCUGGAACAGAGCAUCAAGAUGGGACUAAACAAGAAGGUUUGGAUCGGCACUGAAGCUUGGUUGUUGUCUGACAUAGCUGCCUCCAUCCCAAACAUUCAGAGCAUCGGGACAGUCUUAGGCUUCAUUAUGAAAGCAAGCAGCGUCCCUGGCUUCCAGAAAUACGUUGCCAAGUUACUCAGCUCUGUUCAGCAGGAUGAAUUUUGCCAGAAGUCCAGAGAAUCCUACCGCCACGUGAGCUCUGACAUGCUGGGCACACAGUGCAAACAGUGCGACCACAUCUCCCUGCACGACAUCUCCUCCACCCUAAGCCACUCCCAAGUACAACCAGUGUACAUCGCAGUCUACAGCGUGGCUUACGCGCUGCACAGAGCGCUGGGCUGCACCCACCAAGGGUGUCCCAAAGCAUCCAUCAGAUCUUGGCAGCUGCUGCACUUCAUGAAUACUGUCCCAUUCAUGGUGAAUGGCCAAAGUUUCAGGUUUGAUGAAUCCCAUGGCACAAACGCUGGCUACAAGCUUAUAUUCUGGCACUGGGAAAAUGGCAGCCUCACAUAUCUGUCUGUGGGAGACUACCAAGAGUCCUGGUACCUCAAUAAGUCCCUGAUUCAAUUUCACACUACAGACCAAAAGGAGCCCACAUCAGAAUGCUUCAGAGAGUGCGAACCAGGGCAAAUCAGGCAGAACAAAGGGUUCCACUUCUGCUGCUACGACUGCACAGACUGCCCAGAAAACACCUUCUGCAGUUCUAAAGACUGCUCCACCUGCACUCCCUGCAUGGAGCACCAGUGGUCCCCUGCCCAGAGCACGCAGUGCUACGACCGCAGCGAGAGAUUCCUCCGUUGGGACGAGCCGCUCACGGUUGGCUUGCUGAUAUCCAUGUCCAUCAUCGCAUCCCUGAUCUGCCUGACAGCCGUGCUCUUCGUUAAGAACCUCAACACCCCCCUCGUGCAGGCUUCUGGAGGCAGCCUGAACCUCUUUGCCUUGUUUGCACUCGUGCUGAUGUGCCUCAGUUCCUGUCUCUUCAUAGGGAAGCCCAGUAACAACCUCUGCGUGAUGCAGCAGAUUCUCUAUGCCCUGUGCCUCAACGCCUGCUUCUCCACCUUCCUCACCAAGUCCCUGGAGAUCGCCCUGCUGACAGAAUUCCCCCGCUGUGCCCGCGCUGCCCUGCGCUGGGUGACGCCGAGCAGAGCCUGGCUCCUUGUAGCCCUGUGCCUCCUCACCGAGUGCCUCUUCUGUUUCUGCUGCCUGCACCUGGGCCCUGACUACGUGCUGCCUGACUACAGCUCACUGCCCACGGAGGUUCUGCUCACGUGUAGCACUGCGUCCUGGCUUGCCUUCGCCUUGAUGCAUGGCUACAACGGGUGCUUGGCCUUCGUCUGCUUCCUGUGCACGUUCAUGGUGCAGACCUCUGGGAAGAAAUACAACAUGGCCAGGGGCAUCACAUUCGCCACCCUCAUCUACUUCAUCAUCUGGAUCUUCUUCGUUGCCAUCUUUGCCACUCUGAGGACAGUCCUUAGGCCUGUGAUUCAGAUUGGUGCCAUUCUGAUGGUCAGUCUGGGUAUUGUGGGGACAUACUACAUCCCCAAAUGCUACAUCCUCUUGCUGAAGCCUGAUUUGAACAGAGAGGAUUAUUUUCAGUACUCCACCAAAGAGGAGCCAGAAGGAGACCCUCAAUAA